AGUAGUGUGUUGUUAAUGUCGGUAAGAAGACAGAGCCGGUCGGUCGUGUGUAUUGGUGGUGCGCUCACAGUAAUAAUAAUAUUAUAAAUCUUCUCGCGUCUUUCACACUCACUCACCAUCGCUCGGUGCCCGCGGACCUCGCUCCGAGCCGAGCACGCGUAACGUUUUUAUUAUCACCCACUAUUAUAUUAAAUUAUAUUAUAAAUAUUAUAGUAUAGACUUCGAUAGACGUAGGCCGCACGGGUAUCCAUAUAACAUAGUAUAAUAAAUGUAAUUUUACAAAAAAAUCGUAUUUUACUGUUCACAAUUUUUUCUCACCUCUCGUGCUCCAGUCGUAAUACACAUAAUGUACACUAUAUAACUUACUUAACACAUAUCAUUUUUAUACAUAUGUAAACUUCAUGUACAUAAAUAAUAUAAUCGUACUAUAAAUAUUUUUAUACGUGUCGUACUCGUUUUUAUUAACCGUUAUUAACCGUUUAUUUCCAUCAAUAUAUUGCAGUCGCACGAUACACGCGGCGGCUGUCCGAACAACAAUAAUUAUUGUUACGCUUACGACUCGCGCGCAUGUGACCCGCACGCCUGCACCGGUUCGGUCGCGCCGCGAGCACAAUCACACCAAUAUUAUACCGACCGACACCUAUACACGACCGCUACUGUAAAAUACGCACACGCGUGCCGCGGCAGUCGUAGCGUAUCGCCGUGUCGUCGCAUUACACCGGUGUGUGUGCCAUCACUCGAACCGGCGACGGUUGUUCCGGCGCGUUUUUCGCAACACCUAUACGACACGCCGGUUGUCGGCCAACGCGUCGCGUCCACUGCACCACCGCCACCGACGACGACGCCGCCGCCACCGCCGGCACUCGGCGCCCGGGGUGUACCCGCGCCAAAAUUUCAAACAUUCCGAAUAGCUGAGUAGUCCUACAAGUGUUUGAUCAAUCGGACGGCAUCUUGGAGACUGUAGCUUGGUAUCGAUGAACCGCGGGGGCCAACCCCAUUCACCGGAACAGCCAAGCCGUACCGCAGCCGCAGUGGACAGCAUGAAGAACGAAGAGCCGACCAUACCGAGUCAUCACCAACAGCGGAACAUGCUGGCCGAGGCGAUAGCGUCGCUGCCGCCUGUGCCGCAGAACUUGUCGGCCAUCGCUCUGUUCCAUCAGCUGCCCAUACUGUACCAGCAACACUACCAGCACAUGUUGCAGUCUCGCAUCUUGCCCUACCUACAAGAAUCGCUGAGGUUGCAGAGUUCUGUCAACUUUGUGGAUAAACCGCAGAUGCCCACGGUGCCGGCCAUCAGCCUGUUCAACCAACCCGCCGAACAGAACGCGGCGGCCGCAGCAGCGGUGACGGCUGCGGACAUAGCGGCAGUCGGUUGUAACGAGAAACCGCCUUACUCGUACAUAGCGCUCAUCGCCAUGGCCAUCACGUCCACGCCCAACCAGCGGAUGACGCUUAGCGAGAUAUACAACUAUAUUACGGACAAGUUCCCGUACUACCGGCGCAACAGACAGGGCUGGCAGAACUCGAUCAGGCACAACCUGAGCCUGAACGACUGUUUCAUCAAGAUCCCGAGAGGCCGGACCGGCAUGGACGACAACAUGGGCGGCGGAAAGGGCAGCUACUGGACGCUGGACCCUGUGGCCGCGGCCGACAUGUUCGAGCGGGGCAACUACAGGCGGCGGCGAAUGCGCCGGCACAGGCCGUACCAGCAGCAAAACCACCACCAGACGAACCAACAGGACAUCAAGUCGCUGCUACAGCAACAGCAACAGCCGCUGGCCAGUCCUCACCACCAUCACCACCACCACUUCUCGGUGUACCCCGAGUUCCAGUUGGCCGGCAGGAAUGCCGUGGCCGCCGCGGCCGAGUCGCUAGCGGACAAGCAGCACGCAGCAGCCGCCGCCGCGGACACGGUGUCCUCACACAACCUGGCGUUUCACAUCGAGAACCUGAUACAGAAGAAGCACCGCGGCGCCGAGAUGUCUCAGGAGGAGAUCGUGUCGUCCAGCGGCGUGCACAACAACAACAACGAUCUGCAGCAGUACGCGGCCGGCGACGACCACCUACACCACAACCACCGCCAUCAGCCGCCACCGAUGCAGCACGCGGUCGAGUCCAAGCCCAAAUUGAUUAUCAUCAACGACGAGGAUGACAGCAACAUCAGUGGCGGCAGUGGCGGAAGACGCUGCUAAGACGCCACAGCCGUCAUGCGCACAAUCAAUUAUCGUAAUAUCAUAACGAGUCAAUUGCGUA